AUGGAUUUGUCUAUUUGUAGAUGCUCAAUGAUCGGAAAUGUGCUUCUGUUGCUAACACUCACGGCUAGUGAUAUUGUCGUCCUGGCUAAUGCCGACUUUUACAACUCGAAUGAUGUGCAAUUGUACGCCACGCCCGACGACUGUCGGUCGAACGAGUACUACGACCUAUUUGCCUUCAAGUGUAGUCUGUGUGAUGAUGGAUUGCACCUGAUCCCCGCUAAAGACAAACUAUCCUGCACGUGCAACGAACAAGCGGUGGCAAUUCGUGACCAUGACAGUGUCCUUCAGCGGCCAGUUUGCCAAAACGUGAGUGACUUCUUUGCCCAGUUUCCUACCGGCGAACGGUUCGAUACGGUCAACUACUGCAAGACGAUCCAAGUAGGCAUCGUCAAUACGACGAAAUCCACCAGAAGCGUAUACCAACGGCGCCGUACCUUUCCGCCCGGCAGUGAACGUUCGGUUUGUGAGUGUGACCUAAAGGCCAACGUGCUGUACAUCGAGCACGACGGAUGGCCCGGUGAUCCGCGCGGUGCUCAUAAUUUUUGCAUACCGCUGUCACUGCUACGCGACGUACAGCACUUUCCAGCCUUUAGCUUGAAUCGGUUCCUGCACCAGAACCGGCAGAAUGUGAACGUGUACAAAAAUGUGAAGUACUUAAUAGUGUUCUGUCAUGUGAUGCGAAGCGUGCAACAUUGUCAGCAGUUGGCGAAUCUGUGCGUCCUUAGCUUGUACAACCUGGAGCGGCACUCACCGUGUGCCAUUUUCUACACUUAUCAAACGUAUGACCUGGCCGCACUGGGUGCUAACGGGGCAGGGAGUGCUGGUAGUGUGCCCAGCGUCAUUAGUGCCAGCCAGAGCUAUCUGACCGGUGAUGGAGCAGGUGGUGUUGGAGGAUCCUUGCCCAAGCUGGGACCUGAUGUCGUCCGACCGGGAUUGUUUUACCGGCGUGGAAAGUACGUCAGCGAGUUACUGGAGAAAUAUCUGGACUACAGCUACGAUAGCGAUGCUACAAACCAGCCUAACAACACCCUUAAUUUCACCUUGGUGAGCUACGAUUUGCAGGGCCAUUUGCGACAGUUUCGCGAAAUGCGCUUUGCCGAUCUGAAUCUUUGCGAACGGUACGACGUGAGCCAGGAACAACGGAUACGGUUUGGACAAAAUUAUCACCGCAGGUGUGUACUGAACGUGCAUCGACUCGUAGAGGACUUCGGUGAGGUAGAGUUUCUGUCGCUGUAUGUGAACUACUACGAGCAGAGAGUUCGACUAAUGCGUUCGGUUCCGAUACUGAUCGGGAACGCCUUCAGCCAGAACAGUGACUCAGAACCGGACCGAUGGCAACUGGUGAAACGAUUUCUGCUCGUAGACACUGUAUCGGGACUAAAUGAGCUACACAAGCCGAAACUAUACGGCGAGAUGGAUAUGAGGAAUCAAUUUUUCUUCGUGCGAUACGUAAGGAAGAUAGAGCUAGAGUUUAAGCUUCAUCCAGAUCAUGGCAAACAUCCGAAUCGGAUCUCGAUACCGCUAGUGCGCAUGGAGUACGCACUGCUCAAUAUGUCAUCCUCUGCACAAUCGACAAACACAAUUGACUUUGAGUUUACUGUUUCUUUUACGAAGUCGUACAGCUAUGCUUCGCUAUUGGAGAUUCUUCUACCAAUAUUCGUACUGUUGGCGUUCUCGAUGAGCGUAUUUCAAUCUUACUGCUACAAACUGCGCCAGAACAAGGUGUACUACGAUAUGGAGGUAUUUUGGAACUUUGUCAUCUAUCUUGGAUCGUAUCUCGGUACGGCGUUCUUGAUUGUGUUGGCGAUUAUUGUGCUGCAUGCCUUUUUCACCUAUAAAACACAAAGCACGGUACAUCUGCUACUGCCGCUGGAGGUUCAGAACGUGGUGGAGGUGUUCAUAUACGUGGGAUUCGCUUUGAAGCUCUUAAAGUUGAUGCGCGUCUUUUUCUACAUGGCUAACGUGGACAUCUUCUUCAUCGACUGGGAACGUCCAAAGAUAUUUGACAUCGGCACCAUGGGACAGCGAUUGCACCAGCUGGACACUCCUUCCAUUGCGUCCAGCACGAAUACCAAACCCACCAACUCGCACGAUAGCGUAUCUGCAUGGCGGAACUAUUUCAUCGCGAAUGAAUGGCAGGAAUUGGCGACUAAGCGCAAAAUUUCUAUGUUUGCGCACAUCAUUUCGCUGGCCUUUGCAUUUGUGAUAUUGGGAUUCGAAAACUGGGCUUCCAACGCGUUCCAUCUGCAUCUGCAUCGGAACGAUCAGCUGCUCGGCAAGGCAGACAAGAUGCUCCUGAUUGCGGUUGGAAUAUUGAUCUACACGACCGUGUAUGUCGCCCAACGGUUGUACAAUUUCUUAAUACACGAUCGCUUUAUAGAAAAUGCCAUCCAACAGUUCAUCGAUGUCGCAUCGAUAGCGAACAUAUCCGUGUUCAUACUGAGCAUGGAAUCGUACGGCUAUUACAUCCACGGUCGGUCACCGCACGGUUUCUCCGAUACGGACAUGUGCUCUAUGAUAAUGCAGUUUAAGCGCGAGGAGGAUAAUCUCUGCGGUAAUCGGGGCCUGCUGCCGGGAUCCGAACAACAAACGUACUCCAUUCUGGUGCCAAAAAAUCUUCGUCUGUUUUAUGACAAACUUAUUACACCGCUCCGAAAUUCGUCCUCGUUGGGACCGCACCAACAUCUCAACCAGCCGCAACUGAUAGGAAGUGCCAAGAUGAGCACUAGCGAGGUAUUUACCAGCCCUGGCGGAGGUCGACUGGAGUACAAUUUCGAACGGACGAUUCUGACGUACUACAACGUGAAUCGCUUUUUUGCCGCGUUUGUUGAUCACGCACUGAAAGAUCUUGAUUACAUCAUUCAAGAGCGCAGCAUUCUGGAGAACAUUUUAAACUGCGAAUUCCAGAGCUACAUUACGGAAAACAAAGGAGUCUUCUACAUCGACAACGGCCAUUCGUUCGACCAAAUUCUCUUUAACGGCAAUGAGGGCAUUUUCUUCCAGGUUGAGUUGUUGCUGUUCUGUUGCGUUGUGCUGCUGACCGGAAAUUAUCUGCUGGCCAUCGUCGUCAUCGGCAUCGUUUACAAGUGUUUCGAGAUGAUCAUGAAUUAUGUGCUGAAGAAUAAUCUCGCCAAGAAAACGUUGAUCGAUAAACGCUUUUUAAUAUAA